GCAGAAACCUAUCUAUCGCUCUGGUCUAACGGAAGCUGUUAAACGCAACAUAUCUAUAGAGGCCAAAAUGAGGAUGUUGGUGCUUUUAUCGAUAGCAAUAGUGCUGAUAAUUGUGCAGUUUCAGUUCGUUCUUUGCGGCGGUAGAAAUUCUCACCAAAGAAAACGUUUUCUUUCAAAAAAAAACCUGAAGCAUUCGAAACGACCUUUUAUUAUCAAGUGUUGUGGAGGUUCAAAAUGUUCGUCAUCUUUUAUGCGGAAACCAAAACGACAUUCGAGUGAUUUCAAAACGAACACCACUCAAGGACAUUUUCAAACAGCUGUAACCAAAAACGACAACAGGGAUUAUGAAAAUAUGGCUGCUACAACCCCCUCUGAACCAAACCAAAAUUAUCCCAUUGAAACAGAAACAAUUUCCUCUGAUCAAGGCAUCACGUCCUCUGAGCCGACCAAUUCGGAAUUGACUACCGCCACGAUUUUAAAAAGUAACACAACGACAGCUAAACUAAAAAAUCUAGCUUGUGAACUGUCUCAGUGCGCAAACUUCACUUUCAUCGCAAACCAGGGCGCAUCAUCAGUGAUCGGCGCAAACACGAGCAAGCUAAUUGUUAGAAACGGAACGACGUUUCUGUUUUCAUCAGCAGUAGCGACUCAAGUUGACGCGGCCAGGAACUGCUUCUCGAGCAAUUUGAGUUUAAUUUCUAUGCAGGACGCCUUGAAAAUGAAUCUUGUUCAAAAAUUGCUUCAGGACUUUGGCACUGAUUCGGCCGUCUGGACAAUUGGCUCCAACGAAGGCAACAUGUCGUGCCAAAAUUACGAUUUGAGUUUCGCCUGGUGCAACCAGAAAAGAGAAAUCGUCCUUCCCGCGAUCAUGCAGAAAAUGGACAGUUUGGAAAUUGUUCAAAAAGGACUCACGACGUCCAUGCUGAACGGUGCUGCCGUCUUGAAAACGUCAGAUUCUGAUUCACUUUUUCCAUUUUUGUGUGAGCCAAAAGAUGAUUUUCAAGACUCCUGCCUCGCUCUUAAGUGCAACAAAGACAGCACACAAUUUGACGCAAACGGGAAUAUAAAGGAUGGAGAAAAGUAUGGGAAAUGGACACGUACCUGCGACAAAUUAUACCUUUUCUCUGGCAAGCUUGGCACUUGGCAGCAGAAUUGGGACUUUUGUUGCAGAUUGGGAAUGCACCCGAUAUGGUUUAGUUCGGCGUACGACUUUGAGUGUUUGAGCAACACGACCAAAGCGAACUGGACGCUGAACUGGAAUUACUGGACGGCGGGACGCGCAAUGGGCACCUGGGGAAGGUGGGCCUGGUGCCCAGGCGCCGUCAACCUUCCCGACUCGCUUUCCUGGGCUCCGGGGCAACCGGACAAUAAUCAGACCAACGAGAAUUGCCUACACGUGCAAGUGACCAAAAAUUCGAGCGGAAUACUUUUGUCAGACCGGAAUUGCAGCCAUAAAUACGUCAUGGCUUGCCAGGGUGACGCGAUGAUGGCGUCUUACUGCAACAAACCAAACUGUCCGAUGGAGUGUAGUAGAAAUGAAUCGAUUUUUACAAACGGAACAUUAAAUGAUUUGUUUGUCCACGGCCAGUGGAAUGCCGGUUGUGGAAAGGAUUUUCUGUUUUCGGCUGCUGCUUUGGAUUGGUUGGGAGCGUGGAAUUAUUGCUGCUCCGUUGGAAUGAAACUGGCCUCGAUUGAAGCUAUAGAGGAAUUGAGUUGUCUCACGAAUAUGGUUGCGAAAUAUCCCAGAGCAGUCUACCCUGAUCAAUGUGGACGGGAUUUCUGGACAUCUGGCACCAACCGCGGUUGUCCAGGCGCUCACUUCUGGUGUUCAGAGAAUGCAAAAUUAAACAAGGAAGAACUAGCCAACUGGAAAAACGGGAAAAUGCCCUCGGAGCUUGCUGAUCAAUGCAUUUUUAUUAAUUUGUCGAAUUCGACUUUGAGUGAGACUCAUUUGGGCGCUGACACUUGUUCCGAGCAAAAACAGUUUCUUUGUGAAGCUUUACAACCGGGCACAAAAUCGGUGCAAAUUGCGCGCUCUUGCUCGGAAAUUUGGAAUGUGACUGAAAAUGAAGUGAAUGAUAUAAUCAUGAAUCCAAGCGGCGACGUCGUCAACCAAAGGCGCAAUCUCAAAUGUUAUCUAAGGUGCUGCGGGAAAAAAGGACACGUUAUAAAAACCGGGUCACUGGUGACAGAUGAAAUUUUGCGCAACUUGGAAGACUUGACGGCCGACGACCCGCAAGCCAUGCAGAAUGGCUUUCAGAAUUUUGACUCCUGCACUUCCAUUCAGUCCACUGACGAAUGCAACACGAUGGCCCAGAUGUUCCAGUGUGGAAAGAAAAAUGAUCCAGAUCUGACUUUAGGUCUCGUCACUGCCAUCAAAGGAGACGCCACUGUUUUAGUAACUGCUACAGGGGGAAUUAAAACCGGCGGGAGACUAUGUCCUCUGUUUCCAGUGGCAAAUUGUGUACCAAACCAAACAAAUAUUGAUGAACUUAAAAGCACGGGAUCAUCAUUGGGGGGAGGUGUCUUGACAACAUCCUUUGGCAAAAAAUACUUUAUGAAAUAUAACCCAGGACUUACCGACGCUCAAGCAGAAGCAGACUACUGCUGUGUUCUUGGCAGCCACCUGGUCAUUUUCGAAAGCGUAGAGGAUUUCAAAGCUUUAGCGGAAAGCUGGCAAGAUUCUAUCGGCGACUUGGCUUUCAUGGGACCGACUUUCGACAACGGCGAUGGCACCGACAGCUGGUGCUUGAACUUUAAGAAGCUGCCAGCAGGAUUGAUCAAAGAUGUCAACACAUUUUAUCGCAACCAGUUGAACUCGACCCUAAUAAUGUUGACGUAUGGCGCUGGAUUAAGAUUAGUUCAAAAAGAAGGUUGGGCUCACCGAGUUGUAUGUGGCCCACUUCCCUACUAAAUUAUCUCAAUUUUGAUCAAAUUAUUCAAAUAGUAGAAAAUAUUUGGAUUCUAGACAUUUUUCUAUCAUGUGUGUGAUUGAUUUUGUGUUUGGUUUUUUUGCUUGUCAACAAAAUAA